AUGAGGCUCCCAAUCACAUGCACACGCCCAGUGCCGCUACCACGCCACGUGCGCACAGGCAUUGGAACCGCCACCGGUUGUAAUGCUGGUGCAGGGUCCCCCAAGGUGAAUGGUCGCUGUGGUGCUGCGUCCAUUGAAGCAUGUGUAAAGGUAUCAGCACGUGGUGCAUGCGCCGAGGCAUCAGCACGUGGUGCAUGCGCCGAGGCAUCAGCACGUGGUGCAUGCGCCGAGGCAUCAGCACGUGGUGCAUGCGCCGAGGCAUCAGCACGUGGUGCAUGCGCCGAGGCAUCAGCACGUGGUGCAUGCGCCGAGGCAUCAGCACGUGGUGCAUGCGCCGAGGCAUCAGCACGUGGUGCAUGCGCCGAGGCAUCAGCACGUGGUGCAUGCGCCGAGGCAUCAGCACGUGGUGCAUGCGCCGAGGCAUCAGCACGUGGUGCAUGCGCCGAGGCAUCAGCACGUGGUGCAUGCGCCGAGGCAUCAGCACGUGGUGCAUGCGCCGAGGCAUCAGCACGUGGUGCAUGCGCCGAGGCAUCAGCACGUGGUGCAUGCGCCGAGGCAUCAGCACGUGGUGCAUGCGCCGAGGCAUCAGCACGUGGUGCAUGCGCCGAGGCAUCAGCACGUGGUGCAUGCGCCGAGGCAUCAGCACGUGGUGCAUGCGCCGAGGCAUCAGCACGUGGUGCAUGCGCCGAGGCAUCAGCACGUGGUGCAUGCGCCGAGGCAUCAGCACGUGGUGCAUGCGCCGAGGCAUCAGCACGUGGUGCAUGCGCCGAGGCAUCAGCACGUGGUGCAUGCGCCGAGGCAUCAGCACGUGGUGCAUGCGCCGAGGCAUCAGCACGUGGUGCAUGCGCCGAGGCAUCAGCACGUGGUGCAUGCGCCGAGGCAUCAGCACGUGGUGCAUGCGCCGAGGCAUCAGCACGUGGUGCAUGCGCCGAGGCAUCAGCACGUGGUGCAUGCGCCGAGGCAUCAGCACGUGGUGCAUGCGCCGAGGCAUCAGCACGUGGUGCAUGCGCCGAGGCAUCAGCACGUGGUGCAUGCGCCGAGGCAUCAGCACGUGGUGUAUGUGGUGAUGUGGAAGUGAUGAUUGUCGUUCGUCCUUGGUGCAUGCAUCAAUGUGUGCGUGAUGUUGACCUGCAUGAAUGUGUGCGUGAUGUUGACCUGCAUGAAUGUGUGCGUGAUGUUGGCCUGCCUCAACAUCACUCACACCUUCCUCCUUGCCUCACUCAUUCACUUGCUCUUUCCUUCCCUCUUUCCUUCCCUCUUUCCAUCCCACUUUCCAUCCCUCUUUCCUUCCCUCUUUCCUUCCCUCAUUCCUUCCCUCUUUCCUUCCCUCUUUCCAUCCCUCUUUCCUUCCUUCUUUCCAUCCCUCUUUCCUUCCCUCUUUCCUUCCCUCUUUCCUUCCAUCUUUCCUUUCAUCUUUCCUUCCCUCUUUCCUUCCCUCUUUCCUUCCCUCUUUCCUUCCCUCUUUCGAUCCCUCUUUCCUUCCCUCUUUCUUUCCCUCUUUCCUUCCCUUUUUCCUUCCCUCUUUCCUUCCCUCUUUCCUUCCCUCUUUCCUUCCGUCUUUCCUUCCCUCUUUCCUUCCCUGUUUCCUUCCCUCUUUCCUUCCCUCUUUCCUUCCCUCUUUCCAUCCCUCUUUCCUUCCCUCUUUCCAUCCCUCUUUCCUUCCCUCUUUCCUUCCCUCUUUCCUUCCCUCUUUCCAUCCCUCUUUCCUUUCCUCUUUCCUUCCCUCUUUCCUUCCCUCUUUCCAUCCCUCUUUCUUUCCCUCUUUCCUUCCCUCUUUCCUUCCCUCUUUCCAUCCCUCUUUCCUUCCCUCUUUCUUUCCCUCUUUCCUUCCCUCUUUCCUUCCCUCUUUCCUUCCCUCUUUCCUUCCCUCUUUCCUUCCCUUUUUCCUUCCCUCUUUCCUUCCCUCUUUUCAUCCCUCUUUCCUUCCCUCUUUCCUUCCCUCUUUCCAUCCCUCUUUCCUUCCCUCUUUCCUUCCAUCUUUCCUUCCCUAUUUCCAUCCCUCUUUCCUUCCCUCUUUCCUUCCCUCUUUCCUUCCGUCUUUCCAUCCCUAUUUCCUUCCCUCUUUCCUUCCCUCUUUCCUUCCCUCUUUCCUUCCCUCUUUCCGUAUUCCCCUCUCCGGGAGGCCGUUGA